AUGUCCUUCAUGCAGCGUGGCCCUCUACUGGACACCCAGGACCUGUUUGGAAGCGAGCCUGUGGCACUCAAGGUGCAGUCGCCAGCCUCAGUGGCGGAUGCUGCUGCUCUUCCCAUGGAGGAAGACACACAGGGCCCGGAGCUGAAUCUUUGUCUGGGCAUGGAUACUCAGGCAGAGCAGCCUGUACAGCCAGAUACAUUCAUGCAGGAUGCUGAGGCUGAGCCAAGCUUACAGAAGCUGGAAACCAAGGAUGAGAUGGAGGCCAAAGAGAUGGAUGGGGAGGAGGAACAUGAAGAGGCAGAAGGAGAUGAGGAGAGAUCAGCGUCAGAUGACGAAGAAGGCCAUGCUGAUGAUGAAGGGGGCUCAGGGGACGAGGAGGAAGAAGAGGAGUUCCUGAGCAGCGAUGACAGCAGCAGCGACGAGGAAGAUGAGGCUGAAGCAGGCCAGCCGCUGGACAGCGCCACUAAGCAGCGCGCCCUGGAGGAAGCCCGAGCGCUGCUGCGCGACGAGCCGCGCAAGAAGAACAAGAGCGCCUUCUUUGAGGACGAGGCACGCCACUGUUUGUAA